AUGUUUUACACAACUAGUACGAGCUUUUUAUUCAGUCCUCAUUCCAGGGGUCGGAAGCAGAAGCUUAUAGAAGCUCGUCAUUUUGAGAAACAGAAGCUAUUAAUAUCAACUUCGAAAAGCCGAUGCGGAAACAAAAGCUUUGAACCGAAUAUCACUACGCUUCCAAGCCCUGCUGAUAAACUUAAAAAAAGACUAAAACUAGUCGGUAAAUGGGAAGCUAAACAAAAACUUCUUUUUUUAUUAAUUAGUCUGAAAAGGUAUCAAAAACAACAUUUAAAACAAAUGAAUCCAUCAACGAGCACGCCUGAAACGGAAUUAUUUUUAGAAAAUUUACAAGCAUAA